CUGUAGUCUGUUUUUAGGUUUUACAACAUUGCGUCGCUUGCUAUUUCCUGGUUGUACAUCGCACGUUACAUUUGGAGAUUAUCAACACAUUGUUUAAAACAGAUGUACAUUUCAAAAAAAUGGAUUUGCUGUCACUCCUGCAUAAUAAUCUGAGUCCUGCCAAGAAACUGGAAUCUGCCAUCCUCCAAAACAACGUAGCCCUAUUAGAGGCCUCUCUACAGGCUGGAGUUAACGUUGACUGUCGGGUACAAGUGCAGGGAGGGAACACAGCACUCCACCUAGCUUCCCGACAAGGCUACCGACAUUGUGUUGCCAAACUCCUUGAAUAUCAUGCUGACCCCGACAAGAAAAACGACUUCAACAUAACCUCCAUUACUGUGGCUUUCCAACAGAAAAACGCCAAGUGUCUGUGGCUACUUCUGGAGAAAAGUCGUGGGUGGAUGAAUCUAGAUUCGUUCUGGUUAGAGGAUGAUAUAGCAGAAAUACUUUGGAACACCACAAAUGACUCUACGGAUAUUCUGAUUUCCUUACUCAUUAAGGCUACUCCCGAUUUUUCACGAACUCGUAGCAAUUUAAAACAAAACUUAUUUUACAGGUGUAAAGACAAUCAUUUUACCAAUUCUUUGAAAAUCUGGAGAACGACGGAAGACAUGGACAACGAUUCAUUUGUAACGAGUCAAAAAUCUGGUUUCGAUCAAAAUGAUGACUGGCAAAAGGAGUUUGUUGAAUGGCUGAAUGAAUAUAACAAAACACCAAAAUCGUUAGUCCAUUAUGCAAGGCUGGUGAUUCGGAAAAGUUUUUAUGGGAAAUGUAAUGUGUGUUAUGGAGCCAGUCAGCUGCCAAUACCGACCUCACUCAAACAGGAAGUCAUGAUGACAUGGGACUAAGUAUGAAGUGGAAAUUUCAUUUUGGACCAUACAUGUAUAUAUCUGUGAUAUCUGUGACCCACUGUGCAUAAGUACAACAUAUAUUUUGACAGUACAUUUUGUAUAUAAGUCUAUGACAAAGCUCUGUAACAUCCUGUACUCAAUCAUUAUGAAGUUGAUCUUUUGGGCAGAUAAGUACAAUGUAAGUAUAUUGUGAUAUGAAUCGUAACCAUCAUACUGUGGGAUGUAUCGUACCAUGAGGUAUGCAUAUUGUUGCAGCCCUGAUAUUAUCUUAAUUGUAUGUACAGUACAUGUACAUUAUGUACCUAUAUAUAUGUCAAGUAAAGGUGCUUGUAUUUAGAUAUUUAAUAAGGAUCCCUGUCCCACUGAAAUCAAAACGCUAGAGAAUUCUCUAGUUUUUCAUGCAAAUGGUUUACUGCCUCUUAUUUCUUUUUUUGAUAUACCUGUAUACGUAGGACUGGGCCAGGUGACUACCCUUGACAAAGGUAAACUGUAGCCCAUUUGGUUAGAACCACUGGUCCAUGUACCUUAGUCCAGGGUUCAAAUAGUCUAGCCAAUUUGGGUUAACACUCUCCUUACCUUGAACAAUAUUUUAGCUUUUUUUGUUUUGUUUAUUUCAUCUUGAUUAUCAUUGUUAUAUUUCAAAUAAAAUCAUUAC